CUGUGUUUCACUAAAAUUAUUUCGUUCCCUUUCUGCAAUUCACAAAAAGAACAGCAGUACCCAUUCUCCUUGAAUUCAUAUUAUUUAUCAAUAAUGAGCAAUUUGUUCAACAAAUUUUUAACAGGAGAGCUAGAUUAUGAUUCUUCUGACGACGAAGAAGAAAAUGCGAAAAUUUCUUGGCUUAUGGUGUCAAAUUUUCACAUGAUGAAAUCUAAAUCCGGUGAGUGUUUUACAAUUCCUCGAAAAUAUAUUUAUCGUGAUAGAGUUUCCGGAAAUGAUAGAUUAUAUAACGAUUAUUUUGCUGAAAAUCCUAUUUAUCCUUCUAAUGUUUUUCGAAGACGUUUUCGAAUGAAUCGACCUCUAUUUCUUCAUAUUUUGAAUGUGAUUCAAGAUUGUGAUGACUAUUUUAUACAAAAGAAUGAUGGGUUAGGAAGAAUUGGAUUGUCAGGACUCCAAAAAAUGACAGCUUGUAUUAGAAUGUUGGCAUAUGGUGUUUCUGCUGAUUGUGUCGAUGAGUAUGUACGAAUUGGAGAGACUACGACAAUUAAAUCUUUAAAAAGAUUUUGUGAAGCAAUUAUAAAGUGUUUUGAAAAAGAAUAUUUAAGAUCGCCAACAAAAGAAGAUGUUUCAAGAUUGCUAAAAGAAGGAGAAAGCCGCGGAUUUCCGGGUAUGUUAGGGAGUUUAGAUUGUAUGCAUUGGCAAUGGAAGAAUUGUCCAAGUGCGUGGCAUGGACAAUUCACCGGACAUGCUCAAAACCCAACAAUUAUACUUGAGGCGGUGGCUUCUUAUGAUUUAUGGAUAUGGCACGCCUUCUUUGGAAUGCCUGGGUCUCACAAUGAUAUCAAUGUUCUUGAUCGAUCUCAUUUAUUUUCUGAACUAGCCGAAGGACGAGCUCCUCUUGCUAAUUACACUUUGAACGGUCAUACUUAUAAUAUGGGAUACUAUCUUGCCGAUGGUAUUUAUCCGAAGUGGGCGACAAUAGUUCAAUCAAUUUCACAACCUCAAGGUUUAAAGAAUAAAUUUUUUACAAUGAGACAAGAAGCAUGUAGAAAGGAUGUAGAAAGAGCAUUUGGAGUACUUCAAGCACGAUUUGCUAUCAUUCGGGGGCCUGCAAGAUUUUGGAGUCAUAAGGAUUUGAGGUCUAUCAUGAGAACUUGUAUUAUUUUACACAAUAUGAUAAUCGAAAAUGAGCGUGAACAGUCCUUGGGUACCGAGUUUGAUGUAUCAGAUUCAUCUCCAGUAAUUCAAACGUCACAUGAAUCUACACUUUGCUUUAGUGAGUUUCUUAGUCGUCAUCUUAAGAUUCGAUCUUCUGGGUUACAUUUUAAACUACGCAGUGAUCUUAUUGAACAUUUGUGGAUGCAAUACGGACAAGAGGAUCAUUGAGUUCUAGUUGCAUGGACGAGGAACCAUUGUGGUGAUUAUUAUGUUUAAACGUUUUAGUUACUAGACUCAGUAUUUUCUUAUUAAUUAAUUACUUUUUCAAUGCUGAGUUGUUAUUUAUAACAUUUUACUAAUAACAGUUUAUAGAAUUUUUAAUGGUGUGAUUUUGUUAUUUGA